AUGCCGAAACAAGAUGUGCCCGUCGUAAGCCUGCUCCUGGAGCGUCAGAGCCACCACCCGCUGCUGGAGGGGUUUCCGACGGCGACACGUAUUGGUGAGCUGCCCCUGUACCUCGGCGAAGCUGGCGCUGCGCAGGACGCAGAGUUCCUGGAGACCAACAAGAUUCAAGCAGUCGUCGCACUGGGUACUGGCAAUCUUACCGUGAAGCCAUGCGAGAUGCUGCUGAUCGAUAUCCUGGACAUGGAGGAAGAACUACUACUACCGCACUUCGAUGAGUGCAUUAAUUUCAUAAAGAGGCACCUAAAGAAUGAAGACGCACCGGUAGCAGUUCUUGUGCACUGCGUGUACGGUCAGUCCCGCAGUGCUGCCAUUUGCGUCGCGUCUCUGAUGGCUAUUCAAGGCAAGACGCUACUGGAGGCGUAUGACGAGGUGCAGGAAGCUCGGCCAUGCAUCUCGAUUAAUCCUGGUUUCCUAAGACAACUUGAAAUGUUUGAGAGGAUGGAAAACAACCCGGAUAUUAUGGGUAGUACACCUGCACAUGCUGAGUUGCGAACGAUGAUGGCAAAACGGCAGCGAAUGAAAACGGGAGUAGCUGAUAUUGUCACCAGUCCCGUACUCUUGACACAUAACCCAGCCAACGGAGGAAACUGUGUCGGCAUCUACGUCGAGCCGAUGCAUUGGAUGACGAAGAAUUCGGGUUUUGUGACGAGUAACGAUGGCAAGCUUCUCUGCCCGUCGUGCAACGCCAAACUUGGCUCGUGGAACUGGAUUGGAGUCAAGUGCAACUGCAAGUGCUUCAUCAGUCCGUUGUUUCAGUUGGUCCCCAGUAGAACUCAUAGUCGCGUGCUUUAG